UCAAAGGAAAAAACAAAAUGGCGGAUGCCUAUGAAUCAGUAACGAAAGGAUCUUUAAAGCUAAAAGGAGUCGAAGACGGAGGAAUAAAGAAGAAGAAAAAGAAGAAAAAUAAAAACAAAGCUAUCGAAGAUAAACUCAAAAGUAUGGCCAAGGAAAAAGCUACAAGCUCACCAAAAGAACAAUUUGAAGAAGAAGAAGAGAAAGAUACCCGAACUGAAGCACAAAAAGCUUUCGACAAAAUACAGGAGAGGAGGGGAGCCGAAAGAAUUCUUAAAAAAGCCGAGAAAACACACAAACAAAGAGUAGAGAAAUUCAAUGAAUACCUGGAUGAAUUAACUGAACAUUAUGACAUCCCCAAAGUCAGUUGGACCAAGUAAAAAAUACCACUGUUGAUCAUCAACUUUAUACUUUGUACACUAUUAUCAAAAACUUCAGUAUGAAUCUUUGUUAAAUCGGUGAAACUGUGUAGUUCUGCUUUUAUCUGUAUCUUAAUUUUGUAACAACUUCUAUUUUAAGUUUCCAACCUUGUACAUUAUUUUUAAAAAUAACACUUUUCCUGUUAGUAAGUUUAUUAUAUAUUAGUACUUGUAUAUAAAGCACUGUUUCAAAGUCAAUAAAUAUAGAAUCAUAAAAUUCAAGAAUGGUGUAUGAGGAUUCAAGCCCAGCCAAUUUGAGAAAUCAGGUCACAUGAAUGUCUUGUAACCCCUAUGCAUUCUUUAUAAUGAAAAUGCUAAUUAGCUAUAACCACUAGUGGAUGUAUACUGUUCUGACAAAAGUACUUUGUCUAGUAGCUGUAAAUAAGUUCUGUUUCACAAGUAGUCUACAACAUGAGAAGCCAUUUUGUAUUAAAUCUACAAUCACUUGCCUUCGGCUCGUCAUUGUAAAUCUGAUACCGCA